GAUGAAAAAAUAGAAGAUGGCUUUGGAUGUUUUCUCUUCGGUUCGGAGUUUGUUUAAACCUGAGGACUUCACUAUAGAUAAUAUUGUUUUCAAGUUACACUACAGAGUAUCAGUUAUAUUAUUUCUUGGAUCCUCAUUGGUCGGGGUAGCUAAACAGUAUUUUGGAGAUCCAAUUAAUUGUCAGACGGCGUCUGGGGUUAGUUCGAAAGUUUUAGAUGAUUACUGCUGGAUACACAGUACAUUUCAUCUAAGAAAUGAAUAUCAGGGGAAUGUUGGGUGUAUAGUGGACUCAGAACUCCUGCCUGAAAGAACAAAUUAUAUUCCAUCUUACUAUGAAGAGAACAGAUCUGCACAAAGCAUGGUUAGAACUCCAUCUAUCCUUCUCUCUCAAUCCACUCCGGAUACAUCCUUCUAUCAGUGGGUUCCAUUUACUCUUCUACUCCAGGCGAUAUUAUUUUAUGUUCCGAGGAAAAUAUGGAAAUCUUGUGAAGGAGGUCUCAUCGAGUCCUUUGGUCGUGAAGGGAAGAGGCGAGUAUUGAUGCGAGGUGAUGUUGAAGGAGCUCUAGAACAUGGUUUCAUUCUUAAAGAUGAUCUUGCAAGGAAAUAUUCUGCGUAUUUUCUGAGUAUCCUUCAUCAUAAUAAUGGAUAUUUUAUACAGUAUUUGAUCUGUGAGGUUCUAAACUUCUUGAUAUCUGUUGGGAAUAUUUAUCUAACAGACUACUUUUUAGGCGGCAGAUUUAUCAGAUAUGGUACUAGGGUUGUCCGAUUUCUUUAUUACGAUCAGAUUGCAAGAUUGGACAUGCCUAAUCCAUUCUGUACAGUCUUUCCAACCAUAACAAGUUGUACAUUUCACACUGUUGGAAGCGCAGCAGGAGAACAGAAAUUUAAUAGCUUAUGUAUUCUCUCACUAAACAUUAUCAACGAAAAAGUGUACUUGUUGCUUUGGUUCUGGAUGUACUUUCUAACUGUAGUUUCUGGAGUACAUCUAUUCUAUAGACUUCUUGUCGUCUUCGUACCUCCACUCAGAUAUUUAUUGAUUUUGUGCCGAACCCGUGGGUUUUCAAGAUUAGACUCAAACACGGCUAAGAAUGUGCUGAGUCACUGUUAUCUAGGAGAUUGGUUUGUUCUCUAUCAGUUGAGUAAGAAUUCAAACACUUAUUUCUUCCGUUACCUACUCAGACAUCUAGACAAGGCUUUCACAAACCAGGCUAAGAAUAAAAUUGGAAGAUUACGAGCAGAUAUUAGACAAGAGGAAUCUUUAAGAAGAUCUGUCACAAACGGCGGAAGUGAGGAUGGUCGAAGGCGGAAGUAUCUUGAAGAGGCGGAAACCCUUCCGCCUCUUUAGUUAAAUAUUUGUUAAUGAUAUAGUUUAUGUUUAUCAAAGAAAUAAAAGAAAUCAAUUACAUUUUA